AGAUGUAUCCACACCGCAAGAUGAGACUGUUAUAUUUAUUUUGUCUAAAUUUAAAUUUUUACUAUUUUUAGUUGUUUCUAUUGUGAUUUUUUUUUACAUUUGGAUAAUGAUUAAGCAUUUGGACACAGUAUUGUUAUUUUUCAUUAUUUUUUCAACGGAUAACUGCUUUUCCCAACAAACGGUUAGACCCUUUCCAUCGUUGAGAAACUUGGCAAAAACGAAAAAAAUUUCUACCGUACCUUCGGAUGCAACUUGUGGUUCUGGUCAACGAGAAGCUUUUUGUCUUAGCUCAGUCAUCGAAGAAUCAAUUACUACGUGUAAACAAGGAUUUUGCUCUCAGGCUUGUCCUUAUAGGUCAUCUAUUGUAAAAGACUAUUUAGACUUGUUCAAAGCAUCCGGCUUUGAUCUUUGCGUAACGGCAGAUACAGUAAAUAAACGCCCCAAUAGUAAUUCGGGUUUCUCGGCCGUUUUUAAAGAUGAUCCCAAGUGCACCCUAAUACCAGCGGAUACAAUUUUAAUUCAGACAACAGCAUCCUUUACAUUUACAUCAUGGGCAUGGUUGAACAGCGACGUUUCUGGGGCAACACCUGGCCACGCGUGCAUAGUUUAUUCAGGAAGCUUGUUUGAGAAGUACGAUCAUAAUAGUAGAGAAACAAUCAUUAAGAUUACUAUAUCGCCAACAACAUUGAUAUUUACUUAUAAAACGUCAACUUCGAUCAAAGCAUUAAACUUUCCUAUUCAAUUAGAAAAGAAAAAAUGGACAUUCAUCGCUUUACAGGUCUACGAAUUAUCCGCUAGUUUGUUUAUCAAUGGAGGAUUAGAUUUAUUUUCGGCAACUCAAACAAUAUUCCUCGAUAGUUCUAUUGUUGAUAAAGGUGGAACUAGUAAAAUUGGUCAAAAUUCUAUGGGAAAUGAACAAUUUGUGGGUCGAUUACAAGAUAUUUAUUUUUAUCAUCAAGUUCUUACAAAUAGAGAGAUUAUUGAAUUAUAUACGGGUAAAUUACCAGAAAUUCCUACUCAGACCAAGUGUCGUUGUCCUCCAGAUUAUCCAAGGGUUAAACCUUUCUUCGAUCAUUUAUGCAUCAAGAAUGGAUUUCCUGACGAUACAAAGGAUGUUACUAUAGAGGUACAUUUGGGUGACAGUUUCGAGGUUUUCUACGUGAUUUUGCAGUUUUAUAGUCCGUUGCCAAAAGUAAUAACAAUUGAAAAAAAGUCAACGGCAGAUUCUUUAGUUUGGACCAAGUGGCAACUGUACUCCUAUGAUUGUUUGAAAGUGUUUGGUGUGCCUAAUAACGGACCUCUUAGUGUACCAGAUGCUGUAAAUUGUUUGCAAUUGGGCACUCGAGGCUUAACAACUCCUUUAUCUAAGGGAAGCAUCACAUUUGGUCUUCUUGCGUCAGAACCUGUUGCUAGGCCGGGAUAUAAUGACUACUACGGUACACCUUCGCUCUUUAGUUUUGUUAAAGCGGCAGCAGUUCGAAUAAGAAUGCAAGAGCAUUAUUCAGUAACCAAUAAAAGACACAAGUACUAUGGAAUCUCCGAAUUUAUAGUAACCGGAAGAUGCGACUGCAACGGACACGCCUCCACGUGUGACAUGACUAAAAAACCCUACGUCUGCUCUUGUGAAACUUCGAGUUUUACAGAAGGACUUAAGUGUGACAGAUGCAAGGCCAUGUAUAAUAAGAAACCGUUUAGGCGUGGUAAUCAAAGGUUGGCCUACAAUUGUCAACCUUGUGAAUGUCAUUCUCAUGCUACAUCUUGCGUUUAUAAUGCAACCGUCGACCCAUUUCCAAACGAUUUCGAAUUAGGUGAUGGAGGCGUUUGCGUAAAUUGCCAACAUUUUACCGAGGGUCAGCAUUGUGAUACUUGUAAAAUGGGAUAUUUUCGACCGAUUGGAAGGAGUUUAUCGGCAACAAACGUUUGCGAAUUAUGCAAUUGCUUCCCUGCUGGCGUAGAACAGUCGAAUCUAGAAUGCAAAAAAGUUGGCGGUCAAUGCAGUUGUAAACAGAAUGUUGGUAAACGCCAAUGUAAUGAAUGUAAAGAUGGUUAUUACAAUUUAAGAUCUGCUAAUCCUUUGGGCUGUGAACCGUGCUCCUGCGAUAAAAGGGGGGUCAUAGAUGCUAAUUCUGGCACGUUACCAAAGUGCAGCCCUGAAAAAGGCUCUUGUAAAUGUAAAGCAAACGUUAUGGAGAAAAGAUGUGACAAAUGUAAAUACGGUUAUUACAAUUUAGACGCUUCCAAUCCAUCGGGUUGUAGUCCUUGCAAUUGCGAUCCCCUAGGGUCAACUAGCCAAUUUUGCGAUCCCAUAACGGGGAACUGUAAAUGUAAAGAUCGAUUCGGAGGCCGAACUUGCUCUGAUUGUUCUACUGGUUAUUAUGAUAAAUUGAACGGGUGUAAAGCCUGCAGUUGUUCAACACUGGGCUCUAAGAGCUCCAUUUGCGAUACCUCAACUGGUCAAUGCAAUUGUAAAACUUUUGUUGAAGGAAGGGCCUGUGAUGCGUGUAAAACGGGUUAUUUCAACCUUGGUAGUGAUCCACAUUUUGGUUGUGCAGGGUGUGAAUGUGUUCCUGAAGGAACGAGAGGUUCUGCCAGUGUAUGUGAUAAAGUUACGGGAGGAUGUGCGUGCAAAUUGUUCGUUCAGGGUAGGACAUGUAAUAAAUGCACACCGAACGCUUAUGGACUAUCAGGCUCAAAGUUUCUGGGUUGUACAUUAUGUAAUUGUGAUACGACUGGAACAGUUAAUGGAGACAUCCUGACAAGCGAUGAUAUACCGUGCGAUGAUACAUCUGGUCAAUGUGCUUGCCUAAGUAAAAGACUGGGAAGAAAGUGUGAUUCCUGCGAGAGUGGCUACUACCGAGGUAAAAAGAAUGGAGAGGGCUGUCUGCUUUGCAAUUGUUUGACAAUCACAACUGAAGUUGGUACAACAUGCAACGAACAAACUGGCCAAUGUGCGUGCCUAGCUGGAAAAGGUCUUGGAGGAAGAACAUGCAAUGCUUGUAUUCCAAAGUUUUACGGUUUCAAAUUAGAUAGCUCUGAGCCGUGUAAACCUUGUAAUUGUCAUUCGGCCGGUUCUAUCAGUGAGGUUUGCGAUUCCCAAAGCGGUCAAUGUGAAUGUAAAUUAUUAACACAAGGUAGAGAUUGUAGUGACUGUAAACCAGGUUCAAGUCGUUUAGAUGCCACUAAUCCGGCGGGAUGUAGUAAAGCACCCUAUCAACAACCUCCUCCAGACGCUGAGGCACUAUCGCCAACUUCUCUAAAACUAACCUGGACACCUCCAGACGAACCAAAUGGCGUUAUAUCAAGAUAUGUUGUAUAUCGAAAUGAGAAAAUGAUAGCAAACACAUCUGCAACGGAAUAUGUUGAUACUGACUUACAGCCAUACACUAUUUACUCUUACGUAGUUGAAGCAAUAAAUGUUGCUGGAAGUACCAGGAGUACAACAGUGUUACAUCGUACUCCUGCCGCUGUGCCAUCAAAUGAUAUAAUCUUGUCCAUAUUUGAUGUUACUUCCUCACGUGCCACCUUUAGUUGGACGGAACCAAGCUCGACCAAUGGUCCUAUCUCGCUCUAUAGACUAAUGGCUAAGCUUGACGAUAAAGAGAUUAUAUUAUGGUCUGGUAACUCUCUUAAAGCAACUGUUAAAACGCUCCAGGCAUAUUCCAGAUAUUAUGUAACGGUAUCUGCUUGCACUUUAACGGGAUGUAACAAAACAGAGCCUGUUGAAUUAAUAACAAGAGAAGCUGAACCUUUAAGUCAGCCUCUUCCAAACGUUGUGCCAAAGUCGGCAACAUCGUUUCUAAUUGAGUGGAAACCUCCAAAGUUUCCUAACGGUAUAAUUAUCGGGUUCGAAGUAUUUCAAAGAUGUGCGGAUAAAUCAAGAAGUGAAUGCAAACAGCAUAGAAUAUUCUCGACAAAGGGCCAAUAUGAUCCACUAGCUCCUCCAGGUGGUCAGAGUUCACUUCCUCCACCAGCUAUGAAUUAUACUGUGACUGAUUUAACAUCUUUCUAUACAUAUGAGUAUCAAAUUUUAUCUGAAAAUGCAAUAGGUAAAACGGCUAGUGAAUGGAUUUCAGCAACAACUCUUCAAAACAUUCCCAUCAAUAUGUCUCAACCAAUAAUAACUGCUUUAAACGAAACAGCACUAAACAUUACUUGGUCCGAACCAAAAUUGAGUAUAGUAAGAGGAAUUGUUGUCAAUUAUAAGUUAUAUUUUAAAAGUGAAAACGAUCCGGAAAGAAACCCCUUCGCUCCUCCUUUCCUAUGGAUUCUUGUAUUUCAAGGUUCUUCUUCGGAUUUCACUUUUGUUACAGGAGGAUUACAACCAUAUGAGAAAUAUUAUUACAUUGUAGAAGUUUGUAAUUCGGUUGGCUGUGCUAAUAGUUCAUCAACUGAAGGAUUAACUGCUGCAGCUGCUCCAGAACAAUUAGAAAGACCUAUUGUGAACGGAUUAAAUUCAACAGCUAUCAAAUUAGAAUGGAAAUUGCCUUUAAAACCAAAUGGACCUAAUCCAAGAUAUGUGUUAAGACGAUUCAUUCCUUCUUUUAAUCAGCCUCCACAGCGAGUAGUUAAAGGAACAAGAUUCCCUGGUACGGGAUAUUAUGAGUUUCCACCAGAUGUUGUUCCGCAGGGAGUUGGUUUUCUUGGUUUUGAUUUAUGGUUUCGAACAAAUUCGCCUUUCGGUUUGAUUAUUGGUGCCUUAUCAGGUGGUAACCAAGAAGAGAUGUUUGCUGUUCAACUAGUUAGGAAAAGGCCGUGGUUCAUCUUUGAUCCUCAGGAUUGUUUGUCAACAGUAACACCAACGAACGACGAAGGUCUUCCGUACUAUGAUGGCAAAUGGCAUCAUCUGUAUGCGGUAAGAGAAGGUAAGCGAGGUUAUUUGAGAAUCGAUGGAAGGUGGAUUGGAGAAAGAACUGCAAAUUGCGGUCCGGGUAGUGGAAGUGUCAUUGGUAAUAAUACGGGCGUCUACGUAGGAGGCUUACCGGACGAUUUUGUUAUGAGAAGGAAACUAAACCUCAAAGAUGAUAGAGAAAACCUUCAGCAAGCACACUUUUCCGGUUGCAUUCGGGAUGUAAAAAUUCUGUUCAGGAAGACGCCUACGGAGGAUUGGCGUCUACUUGAUUGGAACAAUGCGAUAAGGCAUCAAAAAGCUGCGCUUAAUUGGGAAGGCUGUCCCGAAUAUCUACCAGAUAACGAGCAAUCACGAUCCUUUCAUUUUCUUGGAACUGGUUAUGUAUCAUUUAAAAAAGAACUCUUUCCUAAUGCCACAGAUUGGAUUGUUGAAUUGAAUAUAGUAUCCCGAAAGAAAAAUGGUCUUGUUUUCUUUAUUCAUUCAAAGGCUAGUUACGUAUUACUUGAAUUGUUUGAUGGUUUUCUAAAUUAUAAAUUUAAGAACGAUAAGAUUUAUCAGAAUAUAACCAUGAAAGAGAAAUAUCUAUGCGACGGUGGUUCAUAUUUACUAAGGUUAAGCCUAUUAAAUGGCAAUCUUCAAGUUAGAAUAACUGGUGUAGCAUCAGUCAGGAAAUUCGUGCCAGUUAUUAAUCCUCCAACAUUCUUUAAUUCUCCAAUAUACUUUGGUGGUAUUAAAGAGAACUCAGCUGCAGAGAAAUUUCUAAAGGAGAAUGAAAUGGAUUACGUUCUGGAAAAUCAUUUUUACGGAUGCAUGCAACAAUUGACUAUUAAUUAUAAACGUAUUAGCGCAGAUUCGGCUUUUGAUUCAUUAAAUGUUAAUUUAGACACCUGCCCACCAAUUAAUAGCAAAAAAAGGGACAAUUCUACAUGCAAUAUAUCUACAACAGAAGUAAUAUACAAUGGUACAAAUACUUCAGCAAUUGAUUUCAACUUACAACCUUUCUCUGAAUAUUUAUAUCAAGUUGAAGCUAUUAAUAACGAGGGUAGCACUAAAACUGAAUGGACUAGAGGUAGAACAAAAGAGUGGUAUCCUGAAAAUGUUGAAAAACCUGCUAUCUUAAAGGCUAUUAACGGUUUUACAAUAUUAGCUGAAUGGACGAGACCUGAAAGUUUCACUGGUCGUAUUCUUUAUUACUUGAUUAAAGCUUACAUAGUGAAACCAUUAAGUCCUACAUUUGCUGUUGAUAAGCUCAAUAGUCCAUUUGAGGCACGAUUAGAAAUAAUAAGCGGGGAGGAAAUUCUUUGGGUUAACGUGACUGAUGUCAUUCCAGACUAUCGGUACAAUGUCACUGUUACUGCAUGUACUGUUGUUGGCUGUAUUGAAAGCGAUGAAGGUGUGGAAAUUGACACGCCUGAGGAGGCACCAUCAAAUGUUUCUCCACCGGAACUUGUUAGCGUUCAAAGUGAUUCUAUAUCCAUUAAAUGGCUUCAACCAAAGAGACCAAAUGGUCAUUUAACUGGUUAUAUAUUGUAUAAUAAUGGGAAGAGAGUAUAUAGUGGAAACGAGAGGAGUUUUACUUUAACAGGUCUUCAAGUUUAUGCAACGUAUAUUAUACGGAUUGAAGCUUGUACAAAAGUAGGUUGCACAUCAAGCGCAGAAUUUAAAGUUGGAACCGCUCAACUACCUCCAUCACAACCUGAUAAACCUAUCCUCACAAUUUUGGGUACCAAUCGUUUAAGAGUCGAAUGGAAAACACCUACGCAAUUAAAUGGAGUACUAAAUCGUUACCUAGUUUACUUAUCGACUCAGCCAAACCUUAAUGGGAGUUUAGCCUAUAAUAGUACGAAUUUAUUUACGUUUACCACAUUAACAAAUUUGGAAGGAGGAAUAUUAUACUAUGUCAGAGUUGGAGCAUGUACAUUUGGAGGUUGCUCUAUAAGUCAAUCGUCAUCCGCGAAAACGGAAGAAAGCGCUCCCGAUGGAAUAGUUAACCCGAACGUUACUUCUCCAUCUUCAAGCGAGCUAAAUGUUACGUGGUCACCUCCGUCUUUAACGAAUGGCGUUAUAACUGAAUAUAGGUUAUAUCAUAACGAAAUAAGAGUUUUUAACUCUUCAUCGUCACUUUUUUAUCUUAUAUCCGGUCUUCAACCUUAUACACUUCACUCUCUGAGACUAGUUGUUUGUACUAUCAAAGGAUGCGCUUCAAGUGACGUCGUCGAGAUUAGAACUCAAGAAGCCCCUCCAAUCGGAACAGUAGGACUGGAGUUAACAGUCGCCGAUAGUAGAUCAGUAAAUAUAAGAUGGACACGUGUUCCGGUUCCCAAUGGUAAAAUAACCUAUACUACAUUCUUUGACGGACUGUAUUAUAGAGAUAUUGCAAAUUGGAAUUACUCAACGGAGAGGGAAAGAAGAUCAUUGUACACUUCACAGGAAUUCAAUAAAUUAACGAAAAUCGAAGGAUUAGUACCAUAUUCGAUAUAUAUAGUUCAGGUGAAUGCAUCCAACUCCAAAGGUUUCGUAAUUAGUAAUACACAAACUGCCCAAAUGCCAAUGAGUUAUCCUGACGGAGUAAAAGAACCAACCUUAAUAUCAUCAAAUAGUAGAACUGUCAAUGUAAUUUGGACCAAAGUUGGACGAUCGAAUUCCGAUGAUGAGCCACUUUUCCAACUAGAAUUUAAGGCGAAAUUACCUAAUUUUCCUCCUAUAAAACUUUUUCCCGAGCCGUCCACUUCUACCUCCUUUAUAAAAGAUAAUUUAGAACCCUUUAGUCAGUACGAAUUCCGCAUUAUUGCGUCCAAUAAUUACGGUAUAAGAGCCUCGGAAUGGGCGUCUAUAACAACUAAACAAGACAAGCCAACGGGCGUCGACCCACCAAUGAUUAGGAAUAUUAAAGCAAGAUCUGCCUUUAUAACUUGGUCACCUCCCCUCAAUUCUAAUGGUAUUAUAUCUGAAUAUGUCAUUUAUGCCAAUAACAAAUCUAUUGCGUCCUUUAAUGGUAAUACCACAUCAUCCCAAUUAAUUGAUGCUUUUCUACCCAAUAGUAAUUAUAUAAUAAAAGUUAAGGCUUGCACAGUAGCUGGAUGUACUGUAAGUGGACCGUCAACUGAGUUUAAAACACUCGAGUCACCUCCGGAAGGAGUAGACGCUCCUAAACUAACUUCUCCAACCCCUACCUCUAUCUUAAUAAGUUGGGAAGAACCAAAGCAACUAAAUGGUGUUCUCAAAGCCUACGUUUUAGAGAGACGUCUUCAGAAAGAUCCUGGAACAAUAACUGUCGUCAAGACGUUCAGUCAGCAAGAUAAUAAGCAAUAUAUCGAUAGUUCUAAAAGUAUAAUGCCAUUUACCACUUAUGAAUAUCGUAUAAAAGUGUCUAAUGAGGCUGGUGAAACGGAAAGUACGUGGUCUUCCAUAAGAACAAAACCGUCAAGACCAAGUGAUGUUAGGCCGCCAAACGUUUUCGUAUUAUCUCCAACAAGUGUCAACGUAUCGUGGAUUUCACCAUUAGUUUUAAAUGGUCAAUUAGAGUUAUUUAUCAUUAAAUUUCCUCUUCCAAGAAUUGAAAUUGCUAAUGUAUCCAUUUCUACAAUAAUUGUAAAGGAUUUGAUACCAUUUACAACAUAUUCUAUUACGAUAAUUGCUUGUACAGAUGGUGGCUGUACAGAAAGUCAACCAACUGUGAUAAGAACUUUUCCCUCUGGCCCCAAACUUCAAACUCCUCCUAAGGGAAAUCCUAUUUCUCAAACAUAUAUAUCUGUGAUUUGGUCUAAACCUUUACAACCAAAUGGUCCAUCACUUGAAUACGAAUUAGCUCGAAUGAAAAUAAGACAACCUCUUAAUCCAUCGUCAGAAGGAAUAAAUGGCUGGUCAACUAUUUACAGAGGCAAUUCAACUUACUACGAAGACAGAGGACUAACCCUAUUCACUACUUAUCAAUAUAGGGUGACCUCGUAUAAUAAUUAUGGUCAUGUGAUUAGUUUACCAUCGGAUGAGGUAACAACUUUCGGCGGAACACCUAAGAAACCAGCAACCGUAAAAGCAGUGGCUAUAAGCUAUAUUUCAAUCCAAGUAUCUUGGAUAAUACCAGAACUAGUUGAUUUACAAGGAGAAAUAAUAUCUUUUGAAGUUGAGAUUACUUCUUCAACAUUCGCAAAGACCGAAAAAUUGGAUUCAUCUCAGUCGUUCGUUCUUAUUGAAAACCUUGAACCCAGUAGAGAUUACAGCGUAAUAGUAACAUAUACAAUAAACGGUGGCGCAAGUAUAUCGAGUCCUGCUGUUCAAGUAACAACCCCUGAAGGGAAACCUGAAGGUUUAUCACCUCCUAUUAUUACAACGGCUAGUGAUACGAGCCUAAGACUUAGUUGGACUGCUCCAACAACCUCUAAUGGCGCUAUUAGCGGUUAUUAUAUUUAUAAGAAUGAGGAAAAAAUCGAUCCAUCUAUAAAAGUUCCAUCUACUUACCUUCUAACAAAUCUUACACCUUUUAUUGUGUAUACUAUAGUUCUGGAAGCUUGUACUCGUUUUGCCUGUACCAAGGCAGAACCUGUAAGAAGGGCUACUAUAGAAUCUCUGCCAAUGGGUAUAGAUCCUCCAACAGCAACCGUCUUUAAUUCUUCAACUAUUCUAAUCAAAUGGAAGUCCCCUUCUUCCCCCAAUGGAGUAAUUUCCGGUUAUAAAUUAUUCAAAAAAUCUUAUAUUCCUUGUUCGGAAAAACCGACAACUAACAAACCUCCAAUUAAACCCUGCUCCUAUGUGAAAUGCUCUCUUCAAGAGAAUAUUUGUGGACGCCUAUGUUAUACGGGGCAAAAGACCUGCUGUUCCGGAGUUUUGUACGAUAACAAGAAGGAUUAUGUUUGCUGUGGUGUCAAGUAUGUGAGGCGCUUGGCUACUGCAAAUUCAAUUUGCUGUGGUGACACUUUAUAUGAAAAGAGAACUGGAUUUUCCUGCUGUGGUAAUCGAUAUGUUAGACUCAGUUCAGAUGAUAUUUGUUGCAUUGACCCGAAAGAAGAUCGGGUCGAAGUUGGAUUGGGCGAUACUUGCUGUUCAUCAAUUCCAUUCUCUUCUAAUUCUUCUCAGAUAUGCUGCGAAGGCACAUUUUUAGAAGCUCAUUCAAAAAGCUGUUGCGGUGGUCAAGCGAUCGAUAAAUCGCAGGGUUUGACUUGCUGUGGUAACGGAAUUACAGGUAAGUGGUAUGAAAAAGACAUCUCAAAGUCAUGCUGCUCCUCUGAAUAUACAACAACUGCUUUAAUGGUCUGCUGCCCUAAUGCUUAUGGGUCAGCUAAGCUCUAUACUUAUAAGACAGUAGAAGAUAAGGCGUCUGCAAAUGAAAAGUGCUGUGGUGACAAUUUAAUAGCAGCCGAUAAAUCUUGUUGCGGUUCGACGCCUUUUGACGCUUCAAUUCAAGUUUGCGCCGAAAAACCCACUAUUGGCAGUGGACAGAGAGACUGUGGGAAGAAUUCAAUAUGUUCUCUCGCGCAAGCGCCCAAUGCAUAUUGCGAUGAAUGUAACUUUGAUAGAUCGAAUUAUAAGUGCGUCACAUACAAUGAGGACUACAGUGAGAGUCCAGAGCCAGACGAUACGGCCGAUACAAAAUUAUGCCUUUCGGAUCCCGUCCUUUUAUACGAAGGAGAUGAGCUAGAAUAUACAGAUUCCAACCUCUUCCCAUUCACAAAGUAUCAAUACGCAAUUAGAGCUGAAAAUAGUAUAGGAGGAACUGAGAGCGAUUAUCGCAUCGCUACAACAAAAUCUUCACUUCCUGAGGGAGUGGACCCCCCAGUGGCCAAAGUUAAUAAGGAGAAUGUCGAUAUUAUAUUACUAACUUGGAGAAAACCGAGUAACCCUAACGGACAAAUCACUUACUAUCUAAUAAAGCGGAAUAAUGUUGAGAUGUUUAAGACUACUAGCAAACAAGAAUUCACUGACAAUAACGGUAUAGAACCCUACAAAACGUACGUUUACACCCUAACUGUUUGCAACAUAGCGGGAUGUAGGACAAGUUCUCCGAUACAAGUUGCCACACUACAAAGUAGACCAGAGAGUGUUUUCCCUCCAAAAGUCGCCAAUUUAACGUCUAGAUCAAUCCAAUUACAGUGGCAGAUGCCAGCUAAAUCCAACGGAAUCUUAAUGAAAUUUGUGGUCUAUGAACUAACUACUGUCACAUCAACGGUUAUGUCACCUAAUGCUAAACUUCUCAUUCUGGACGAUCUUACUCCUUAUACAACCAUGAAAUUCAGUUUAGAAGCCUGUACAGAGGUUGGUUGUACAAAUAGUACAUUUCUUGAUGUUACUACUCUUGAAGAUAGACCAGACGAUAUACUUCCCCCAAGGCCAUUUGCCCUUUCUUCGUCAUCCGUGAAAAUCGACUGGUCGCCACCCGAAAAGCCUAAUGGUAUUAUUACGCAGUAUACACUGCUCAGAUCGGUUUCAGCUGAUUCCAUUCUGGUUGCAAUAUACGAAGGCUUAAAUUUGCAGGUUAUUGAUAAGAUAUCAUCCAAGGGUCAAACAGUAAAUUAUGUUAUAGAAGUUUCUACUGUUGUCGGAGCUACUAGGUCAAAUCCUGCUUCAAUUAAUCUUCCAACAGAUUCCCCAGUUAUUGUCUCACCACCAGAGAAUGUUGAAGUUCUCAGUUCUACUUCAAUUAAAGUUACAUGGAAACCUGUUACUGGUAAUAUCGAUCAGUAUCGAAUUGUCUUAAAUCCAGGUUUAGAAACUCAACUAGUAAAGGGAGUUGGAAAAGUGACAGAAACAAUUAUCAACGGUCUUCUCCCUUAUACCUUCUAUGAUGUUAGACUACAAGCUUGCUUGAGUGGUCUAGAUUUGGGAUGCGGGACGAGUUUAGGUAAAACAGUGCGAACGUCCGAAGCCAUUCCCGAUGGCGUUCCGAUUCCUAAACUGUUAGCCGUCUCUGAUAAUGUUAUCGACAUAUCUUGGACGCCACCAUUAAAACCUAAUGGAGUUAUUCGUGCUUACGAAAUUCGUAGAAGGGAUGAUGGAGAUACGGGUAAUGGAAUACCAGUAGGAAUUGUCAAUGAUAAAACUACGUUCAGGAAUAAGGGAGGUCGGAUAAACCCGUUUACUAUAUACAAUUAUGCUAUUGUAGCUAUAAAUAGCGUCGGCAGAGCUAUAGGUGAAUGGGGUUCUGUUCGAUCACUAGAAGCUCCCCCGACCGGAUUAUCAGACCCGAUUAUAUCAUCAAUUGGGUCGAGAAGAGUCGGUUUAAAAUGGACUGCACCAAAAAACCCUAAUGGAAUCAUUAUUAAAUAUACUAUUUCUUAUAGAUGGUCAACAAAUGAACCAACGAAUCCUGAAAGGACACAAAGUGUUGCAGUCCCUGGGGAUCUUCUGUCUACAUCCGUAUCCGGCUUGUUUCCUUUCACAAAUUACAAAUUCAAAUUGAUUGCAGAAAAUAAAGAGGGUUCAGAAGAAACUAAUACUAUAGAUGCAAAAACUGCUCAGAGUAGUCCUUCAGGUGUUAAUCCAAUUAGUGUUGAGCUUCUCUCUAGUGGUAAAGCUGUUAUCCUAAGGUGGGAUGCUCCAAAACAGAAGAAUGGUGUUAUAACCGAAUAUGCUAUUUACGAAAAUGGAGCUAGAAUUUAUCAGGGUUUGUCGACCGUAUUCGAAUUAACAAGAUUAAAACCUUUUACAGAAUAUCAAUUGAUAUUGGAAGCUUGCACAAGCAUUGGCUGCACUAGGACUAAGCCAAAUAAAUUUAAAACUGCCGAGAUUGAACCGUCAAGUCAGCUACCUCCAAUAUUAAAUAGUUCAGCAAAUGCGAAUAAUGUAACAAUCAAAUGGACUCCUCCAAUUGAACCAAAUGGCAAUAUAAUACGUUAUGACGUACUCCGUAGGGAUUUAGGUGCAAGACGAUCGAAAAGAUCUACUAGCGAAAGGAUUGUCUUCUCAACCACUGACACGCAACAGCAAAACUUUGAAUUUACAGACUCGAAUCUAAAAGCUUAUAACAAAUACGAAUAUGCAAUCAGAGCAAUUAACUCAAAAGGUUCUACUAUUAGUCCUUGGACGGUUGUUGAAACGCCACAGGGAAUUCCUGAAUUUGUUGAAAAGCCUCGUUUAUCCUAUGUUAAAGAUCAUUGGGAUCGUCUUCUUAUAGAAUGGUCUGAGCCAGCCAAAUCAAACGGGAUUCUUAAAUCGUAUUUACUAACCCGUAAUGAUACUGUUCCCCUGAGCUUUGAUGCUGGCGACAAAUUACGCUACGUCGAUUUGGGCUUGUCGGCCUUUACGUUCUACUCGUAUACGAUAACGGCAUGUACUGGUGGAGGUUGUUCGAUCAGCAAGCCAGCACUAAUUCAAACAAAAGAAACAGAGCCUCUUUCAGUAGGAAAGCCAUCAAUUGACGUUAUAGAUUCGACCAGUUUAAACAUCAGCUGGACAGAACCGUCCACCUCUAACGGACAUAUAUCUAAGUAUAAAUUAACUAUGGAUGAUUCGGUUAUUUACGAAGGUCUUGAUUAUUUCUUCGUUGCGAAGUCUUUAAUUCCAGCAAAAAGUUACAGAUUUAAGAUAAUAGCUUGUACAUCGGGUGGAUGCACGGAAAGUGGUGAAAUAACUGGUCAACCAGAUGAAGCUCCCCCAGAGGAUUUAAAAGCUCCCAAGUUAAAGGUUACAAGCUCAAAAUCAAUUUUGGUUACGUGGAAAAUGCCUACCAAACCGAAUGGACUUAUAAUUGGUUACGAUGUAAAGAGAAAUGGUCAAACGGUAGGCUCUUCAACCCCUUCAUUCCGAUAUGAGGAUUCAGAUCUUCAACCUGCAACUGCAUAUACCUAUAUAAUUGAAGCCUGGAACAAUAAGGGAUCCGUUCGUAGCCCUCCAGCUACUGCUAAAACUUAUGACGACUCACCAGAAGGUUUAUCUAAGCCAAUUGUGAAGGGUGUCUCGUCUUCUUCGGUUUACGCUUUGUGGCAAGAGCCAGUCAAGCCGAAUGGCAUUAUAGCUAAUUAUACGCUCUAUUAUACGCCCCAUAAACCAGAGGGCACUGUAUCAGACAAAUUAGAGUUUCUCGGAGGCAAGAAACAAUAUAACACUACUAUUGAUGGGUUAAGAGUAUGGACAGAGUACCGAUUCUCAGUGGAAGCCUGUACCAAUUCUGGUUGCGUGGUUAGUGAAGACGCUAUAAUUAGAACAUUGUCGGCUCGACCAGAGGAACUAUCACCACCAAAUCUGACGCCAUCUUUCGACAAGCAUGGAGCGCAUUCGGGCGUUUCGAUCCGUUGGACACCUCCGAAACGUCCAAAUGGUGUUAUAAGUAAAUAUCAACUGGAAAGAAAAUUCGCUAACAAUGGUACGGUAAUCAUCUACGAAGGUCCACUAUUACGCUUCGAAGACACAGAUCCACUUCUGAAAGCCAAUUCUGAAUAUGAAUAUAGAAUAAGGGUGUUUAAUGAAGAUUACAGUAAGACAAGCGCUUGGUCUAAAGUAAAGACUAAUGAGGGCUUCCCAGAGCAAGUUCCCUCCCCAAAAAUUGAGGCAACAAGUAGUACAACCAUCACCGUGCAAAUACUAGAUGCUCAGCUAUCGAAUGGCAAGAUCACAUUGUAUAUAAUAUACGUAUUCGAGGAAAAGGCUUACGAAGGAAAUUCAAAGACAGCGAUUGUCGGUCAAGGAACGCUCAAAUUGAAACCCUUUACGACCUACGAAAUUCGAUCGGCCGUUUGUACAAUUGUUGGUUGUACAAAAUCUGAAAAAGUUCUAGUAGCAACUAAAGCCGAAAAACCAACUGGAAUAUCUAAAAUUUUUACCGAUUCUAUCCAAUCUAAUUCAAUAAAGCUUAAAUGGAAUGAGCCGUCCAGCCCUAAUGGAAACCUUAGCGGAUAUAUUUUGAAAAUGGCAAAAACUUGCCCUUAUCCUUAUGCCGAUAAAUUACCUGGCUUAACAUGUACUAACGGUUCGAUUUCCGUGGCUUAUCGAGGACCUGACACAUCUUUCCAAGCAGUUGACUUGGAACCUUUUACAAACUACGCUUUUGAAUUGAAUGCUGUUAACCUUGAGAAGGGCGUUAGCCUAGAAAGUUCAAAAGCGACUUUUACUUCCGGGCAGAAGGCUCCUAAAUACGAUGAGCUGCCUAAAACGAUUUGGAAAGAGAAUGAAGUGGUUGUCGAUUGGUCAUCAUCAUUUUUGAUCUACGCUUCAGUGAUCCGGUUUGUACUUUAUAAGGAUGAUAAAAUAGAGUAUUCGGGUCUCGAAUUAAGUAAGGCCAUUGCUACUCCUAGCAAAGACGAUACUUACAGACUUUGGGUAACGCUCGAAACGGUAAUGGGUACUGCAAGAAGUAAAACUCUGAUUUGCCUCUCGAAUAAGGCUAUUUGUAAUACAGUAACAGAGGAACUGUCUGCCGUAAGCAAGAAGGAAGUGUACGAGGAAGUAUGGUUCAUUAUUCUACUCCUCCUAAUUCUUCUUAUUCUUAUCGUCGUCGUCGUUAUUUGCUGUCUGAGAGCAUCAGCUAAGAAAUCGAAUGGUUCGAGGGCAAAGCGAAGGACGAACCAUUUCAUUUCCGACCCGUUCGAUUACGGCGCAACCCGUUCGGAUGUUGGCGUUGCAAGCAUAACUCAAACGUUACCCGACACACGAGUCGGAUAUACGAAUCCGGCGCUCUCGAGGCCCUCUUCCGUUCCUGACUUAACAGCCGACAAACUCUCGCAACAGUCCAAAUGGGAUGAUGUCGACUCAUUCGAUGGUCAUGCCUACAUUGAUAGCGGAUUACAUAGUUUAGCCUACGGAGAAGAAGACGAUAGUAGCGACGCUCCAGUUUCUAUACUAAAAGAAAGGACUGUAUUUACCGAUACUCAUUUAUAA